AUGGCGGCGCCCAACUGGAGAGGCGGCAGCGGCCGGAAGAAGAUCGUCAUCCGCCGGAUCGAGCAGGAGGAUGCCCAGUUCGUCUGCUACUCCAAGCGCCGCCAGGGGUUCUUCAGCAAGGCCACGGAUCUAGCGGUCCUGACCGGCGCCCACGUGGCCGCCCUCGCCUUCUCUCCCCGCGGCAGGGCCUUCUCCUUCGGCCACCCCUCCGUCGACUCCGUCGUGGAACGCUUCCUGGCGGGGGAGGCUGCGGGGGCUGGCGCGAGGGAGGAUGGCGCUGCCGACGACCGCUUGCUGGCGGGGGACGGCACUGCCGGCGAAGACGAGAAGCUCGAGAAGCUACAGCAGGAGUUUCACGAGCUGCGCACGGAGCUGACCGAGUUGAAGAAGCGGACCAAGCGCACGGACAAGGCCAUGGCAAAAGAGCGCUCUGCGGGGGACCAGAUAGCGUCUUGGUUCGACCCCAAGGCACGCGACAUGGGAGCUGUCAUGGGAGACAAGGACAUGGCGGCCUUCUUCGCCGCGCUGAUGCAGAUGAAGGACGCCGUCUCCGAUCGCGCCAACCAGGUUCUCCUCGAGGUAAUGCACGCCCCGCCGCCGCCGCCCCAGAUCUUCGCUGGCAGCACCUUCGAGUACGGUAGCAGCAGCGGCACCGCGAACGACGGGAUGGAGUUCCAGUUUCUGGUCCCUCCGCCACAGGAGCAGGGGAUGGAGGCCGGGAUGGAUAUGCAGCAGAUGGUGAUGGCGCCGCUGCCUCCGUCUCACGUGGUCGCCGCCGGGAUGAAUGUGCAGGACAUGCCUCCGCCGCCGGGGUUGGCCGCCGGGAUGGAUCUGGAGCAGAUGCAGAUGACGAUGCCUAGGCCGCCGGGGUUCAAUGCGGGGCUAGACAAGGAGAUAGAUCAAUGGCUUGAUGUGAUGCUGCCGCAUCCGGAGUUCACUGCCGGGACGGAGACGGUGCAGCAGGGGCUCGAUCAACCGAACGCCGGCUUCCCGUACUGAGAUCCAAACCCAGUCAGAGCCCGAGUCCUGUGCAUGCA